AUGAUUCGGCAGGAUCCCUCACGUAUUGAUCCUAAGAGACGUACCGGGCUCAAUCAUAGACAGAAACAAUUUGCAGCGCCAACAUUUCAGAAUGUCGAGUACAAGCACCGCCUAAACUUUUACAUCAUCCCCCCCACAUCCGACAUCACCCUUGAGCAGUUCGAGCAAUGGGCCAUAGACCGCCUUCGAGUUCUCGCCGAACUCGAAGCAUGCUCCUUCAGGAACAAGAGCCCCGCCGAGACCGCAACCCACAUGAAGCCUAUCCUCGAUAAAUACCUCCCAUUAUCUUCCUCGGUGUCUGGGUCCACAGCUUUACAGAACGAAAGACAGAAAGACCACUACAGCCACUUUAUUCUUCGGCUUGCAUUUGCCUCUACGGAAGAUUUGCGCCGGCGCUUUGCGCGCGCCGAAUCCAUGCUGUUCCGAAUGCGAUUUCAAGCAGAUGAUUCGAAAGAACGGCAAGCAUUCGUCGAAAGCCUGAACUUAGAUUGGGAAACUGUCGGAGACGAUGAGAGGAGGGAAUAUGCGGAACAACUAAGAGCUGCUGGCGGCGGGUAUCCGAAGAGAAUUGAAGAGGAGAAUUACUUUAAAGUUGAUUGGGAGAGGGUACCCGAGCUGGUGGAUAGCAGGAGAGUGUUUUUGAAAUACGGGAAGGCGUAUGUUCCCGGACGGGAGCAGGCUUCUAUUAUUGUUGCGGAGUUUACGAGUAGGCUGGAGAAGGAUUUAGAACUUACUGCUCGAGGUCUGCCCCGACUAGAUGAAGAUGAUAGGCUAGCACCAAUUCUUGCUCACCUCUCGGCAAACUUCACCACACCGGAUGCUAGUUAUUCUAGCUCCCAGACAGCCCUUCCAGGAGCCGACAUCUCCGCUCGGAACAUUGACGCCCUCUCCGCGUCCUUCCCGCUUUGCAUGCAAAGUCUACACCGGUCCUUGCGCCGUGAUGCACACCUCAAACAUUACGGCCGCCUCCAAUACACCCUCUUUCUAAAGGGCAUUGGGCUGAACCUUGAAGAGUGUCUGCUUUUCUGGCGCACGUCCUUUAGCAAGAUAACGGAUGAUGUAUAUAAUAAAGAGUACAGAUACAACGUUCGACACGCCUAUGGCGAUGUGGGUGGCGAUUCAAAUCGGCGAGGAAAUGGAUAUAGCCCAUUCUCCUGCCAGAAGAUUCUAACAGAGCAUCCUCCUGGCCCCGGCGAGUCGCACGGGUGCCCAUAUAGACACUUCAGUAUUGACAAUUUGACGGCUUUGCUACAAAAUGUCGGAGUCAAGGACCAAGAAGUCCUAAGGGGUGUCAAGGAGGAUAAGGAGAAACAGAAGUUCCAUCUCGCUUGCAACCGGGUGUUUGAGUAUGUUCACAAGCAGGAAAUUAAGAAGGUCAGAGAUGAAGGCACAUGGGGCGCUGCACAAUUGGAGACAAUUGUUCAUCCCAACGAAUAUUUCAAGAGGAGCUACCUGUUGAAGAAUAUGGGGAACAACCCAAUAGAAAGCGAUGGAAAGGAUGCCGAUGUUCGGAUGGAAGGCUGA